CCAUUGCAAAGUUUGCUAUUAUGUUCCCCUCAGGCUGCAGUUCUCAGCAGUGCCUAAACGAAGGCGUCUGAGCACGGAUCGACAUGGCCGCCUGAUCUGUGUUUCCACAAACUUGUGUUCCCUUUUGUGAGACUAAACUUGGGAAUCUAUCCAGCACUGCAAAGGAUCUGGAGUUUUUUUUUGUUUUAAGGGAAUACAGCGAUAAGCAAAAGUUUCAUAAUGCAGCCUCCUCCGAGAAAGGUGAAAGUCACCCAGGAACUGAAGCACACUCACGCAGAGCAGAUGGGCCGGCUCCAUAUCAAACAUCAGGCCGACUGUGACUUACUUGAAGACCUGAGGACUUACAGUCAGAAAAAGGCCGUUUUAGAGAAGGACUACGCUCAGACUCUACAUAAGCUGGCCUCCCAGUAUCUGAAGCGAGAUUGGCCUGCUGUCCAGUCAGAGAACAGUGAGCACAGGCAUAUUUGCACGGUAUGGAGGGCCUACCUGGAGGGCAUGGUCCAGGUGACUCAGAGCCGCAUCAGCGACUGUGAGAACUACAGAAGCCACAUCUGUGAGCCCAUCAAGACCUUCAGACUGCACAAGGACCAGCAGCUAAAGAGGUGUGUUGAGCAGCUGACGCGCAUCCAGACAGAGCUGCAGGACACGGUGAAGGACGUGACCAAGACCAGGAAGAAGUACCAGGAGACUGAGCAGAUGGCCCAGGCCGUGAGGGAGAAGGCUGACAUUGAGGCCAGGUCCAGGCUCAGCCUUUUCCAGUCCAGAUCUAGUUUAAAACGGGCCAGUGUGAAGUUGAAGGCCAAGAGGAAUGAAUGUAACUCCAAAGCCACCAAUGCCAGGAAUGACUACCUGCUUAUGCUGGCGGCUGCAAACGCCCAUCAGGAACGUUACUACGAGACAGACCUCAUCAACUGCCUCAAUGUUCUGGACGGCAACAUUCACUACCACAUCAAGAGCUAUCUGCUGUCUCUCUGUCAGACGGAGCUCAACGCCUCGCAGGCUGUGCACAACACGUUCAGCUCCCUUCUGGAAAAGUCCAACCAGGCGAUGCAGGACGUCUGUCAGCAGCUCUUUAUCCAGGAGCAUGCCAUGUUUCAGAAAGCCCCGCCCCUUCAGUUCCAGCCCUGUGAUAGUGACUCGGUCAGGCAGCUGCAGAAGGAGAUGGGCACAGCAGAAGAGCACAGCCUGAAUAAGGAAGCGAGGAAGUGGGCCACACGUGUGGCAAGAGAACACAAGAGCAUCAUCCACAACCAGAGGUCUCUGGCUGAGAGUGAAAGUGCAGGGGCACAAAACGAGCAGAACAACAACGAUCUGGAGCUGAAGAUGGAGGAGACCAAGGAGAGCAUCAGGAAAGCAGAGACGGUGAAGCUAAAGGCUGAAGCUCGUCUGAACAUGCUGAGGGAUGUGGGCGUUACUGUGGAUACCUGGCUCAAGAGCGCCAUGAACCAGGUGAUGGAGGAGCUGGAGAACGAGCGAUGGACCACCCUCAACGCACACGAUGCAGCGCUCUCCGGCACUGCUGAUCUGGAGCGAGAGGACGAUGAGGACACAGAGGACAUGGAGGUGUUGGACGACAGCAGCUCCAGUCCGUCGAGCACCCUUAGGAGCUACCCGCUCACCUGCAAAGUGCUCUACUCUUACCAGGCCUCCCAGCCAGACGAGCUGACCAUCGAGGAGCAGGAGGUGCUAGAGGUCAUCGACGACGGGGACAUGGAGGACUGGGUCAAGGCCAAAAACAGGGCGGGUCAGGUGGGGUAUGUGCCAGAGAAGUACCUGCAGCUCCCCUCGUCCAACAGUCUGAUGAGCAUGCUGCAGUCUCUGGCCGCACUGGACACCAGGUCCCACUCCUCCAGCACCUCCACUGAGCAGGAGCCAGAGCUCACCAACCUUGUGCCCAACACUGUGCCCAAUGGAGACUCAAGUGUGACCUUUGCCAAGGCGCUGUACGACUACGAGGCUCAGACUCAGGACGAGCUGGCCUUCCCCGAGGGGGCCAUCAUCCGCAUCCUCAGCAGGAACGAGGACGACGGCUUCUGGGAGGGCGAGUUCAACGGCAGGGUGGGCGUCUUCCCCGCCGUACUGGUGGAGGACCUGGCAACGCCGGAGAACGGAGACGCUCCACCCUGGGCCGCUGACCUACAGGUGCCUCCAUCCUUCAAGAGCCCCCAGACCUCCUCCCCGCCUCCUGCCCAGGGUAGCCCCCUGUGCGCCAGCCCCCUCCCCCCCAGCCCCCUCUCUAGCCCUCAGCAGGCUCCGCUUCCAGCCCCCCUUCCAGCUCCCCCCUCCCCCUAUGCUGGACCCCCCAGUACCCCUGCCACC